UCAAUGGAUCUCUUCAUCAUCCUGGUGAUUUGUCUUUCUUGUCUGAUUCUUCUUUCUCUGUGGAAUGAAAGCUAUGCCAGACAGAAGCUCCCACCUGGCCCAACUCCUCUCCCCAUUGUUGGAAAUAUUCUACAGUUACAUACUAAGAACAUCAGCAAAUCCAUAAGCAUGCUAGCAAAAGAUUAUGGCCCUGUGCUCACUGUUUAUUUUGGUAUGAAGCCCACCGUGGUGUUGCAUGGAUACGAAGCAAUUAAGGAAGCACUGAUUGAUCAGGGAGAAGAAUUUUCUGGCCGAGGGAGUUUUCCCGUGCUAGAUAAAAUUGCCCGAGGAUUCGGAGUUGGUUUUAGCAAUGGAGAAAGACGGAAGCAAAUCCGGCGUUUCUCUCUCAUGGUUUUGAGGAAUAUGGGGAUGGGGAAGAAAACAAUUGAAGACCGAAUUCAAGAGGAAGCCUUGUGUCUGGUGGAAGCAUUAAAAAAAAACCAAUGGUGUUUAUUUCUUCAUAUGAUUAACACUAAUACAUCUCCUUGUGAUCCCACUUUUCUUCUGGGAUGUGUUCCCUGGAAUGUGAUCAGCACCAUCAUUUUCCAGAAUCGUUUUGACUACAGUGAUCAGAAAUUUCAAACCUUGAUGAAGUAUUUUAAUGAAAACUUUGAAAUUAUGAACAGCCCCUGGAUACAGCUCUACAAUGCUUUCCCCUUUUUACGGGUUCUCCCAGGAAGUCAUAAUGUGAUAUUUAAAAAUUAUGCUCUCCAAAGAAGUUUUAUUUUGGAGAAAGUAAAAGAACAUCAAGAAUCUCUGGACAUCAAUAAUCCUCAAGACUUUAUUGACUACUUUCUGAUUAAAAUGGAAAAGGAAAGACCCAAUAAACAUUCUGAAUUUACCAUGGACAACUUGAUUGCUACCAUAUGGGAUCUGCUUACUGCAGGAACAGAGACAACAAGCACCACAAUGAGAUACGGACUCUUGCUCCUGCUGAAGCACCCUGAGAUCUCAGCUAAAGUGCAGGAAGAAAUUGAUCAUGUGGUUGGCAAAAACUGAAGCCCUUGCACGCAGGACAGGAGCCGCCUGCCCUACAUGGAUGCCGUCGUGCAUGAGAUACAGAGAUAUAUUAACCUUGCCCCCACCAGCAUACCCCAUGCUGUGACUCAAGACAUUCGUUUUAGAGAAUACCUUAUUCUGAAGUUUUUGAUGCAAGUUUCUAAAUAUGAUAGUGCUUUGACUCCCACAGGAUUUUCUGUGUUUUGA